AUGACGCAGACCACUGCGGACCAGUCGACGGACGAAGUGGUCGGUAGUCGCGCUUGCCACUUUAGUAGCGCGGGUGGGAAAAGCACGGACCCGGUCAAGAUGGUAGUCGUAGUGAUAUCUUUUGGUUUUUAUCCUCCUGUGCUCUUAUUGGAAAACGAUCAGAUACUGGAUAAUCACGCGCGUCGAGUCGAUGUGGGAUAUUCGAUCGAACCUGUGGAUGAUAUAUGA